GUUCUUUGUCUUCUCAGGUUAUGGCGAGCGCAGAUGACGAGAAUGCUGGGGAUGUUCCGCCAGCCAUCAUGAUGCUGAGGACUGGCCUCAAGAAUCUCACCAGGAAAGUGGAUGGAUUGCUAAAGAAGCCGCGAGCGCUGGAAGCUGAGAGGAGAGAUUCUUCUUCCGUACUGCAAGAAAAGGAAAUUGUGGCCGAGCCUGUGAUCGCCAAUGCCAGAUCAGAUCAUUGUGGAAAGGAGGAGAAGGAAAUUCCAAGCGUGGGAGAUGGAUCUGUCGCGAAUGGAUCGAGUGAUGUGGUGGUAGUGAGCAGCGAUAGUGAGAGCAGCGACGACGAUGAGGAGAACGACGAAGGCAUGGUCGAUUUACUGGUGAAUUCACUACGCGUCCAUUCGGGUUCUACAAGCAGUGUUGGGGAUCGCCAAGCUCUAGAGAAACAAUGUUUUUCUAUCAAGAAAGCUUCACCGAAAGCAGUUUCAUGGGUUCCAAACACUGGCCUUCCCACUUCCACACAGCUUCUUACGACAAAGUUGCAGAGUUCUAUCAUGGAUCCCGAGAAAGAUUUGCAAGACGGACUGCUCGUACCAACACGGAACGUUCGCAAGCUCAAUAAGCUUGCCAGAAAAAAUAUCCCUGACACAGCUGGUGCUAAAUGGUUUAACAUGCCUGCACAAACUUUGACACCAGAGCUGAAACGAGAGCUUCAGCUUAUCAAGUUGAGAGGUGCUCUGGAUCCAAAGCGUCACUACAAGAAGGAGGAUUCCAAAAAACUUCCCAAGUACUUUCAGAUUGGUACUGUUGUGGAAGGACCUGGGGAGUUUUAUUCAAGCAGGCUGACCAGGGCUGAACGUAAAGCCACAAUCGCAGAGGAGCUUCUCGCAGAUGCCGGCGUUCAAACUUUCAGAAAGCGUAAGUUUGCAGAGAUUAUGGAAAAGAGUUCAGCCGGUCGAAACAACAAACGCAAACAAAAGAAAAGCUUCAAAAAGAGAAGAUAGAUUUCAGGUUUGCUCGGUUUUAGUGCUUGGACAUUGAGGAAUUAGAGUCGGCACUUUUUUGUCACUUUAACAUGAUCACGCGAUCAGUUUUAACACAGUUUCUUGAGGCCCAA